CCCCGGCAACGUGCAGCGCUCUCUUCUUGCCUUCCUGGAAGGGCUCAACUACACGUUCAGGUCCUCCAGACUUUCUCUGCUCUUGCCAUACAGAGGCACCCUCCCUCUGGUCCAGCUCCUCCUGUGCCUGCCUCUCUGUCUCCGCGCUAUCCCGUUAAAAGGCUGCUGCUCCUGCUCCACUGAACCAAUGGCUUGGCUGACUUGAUCUGGGAUGAAGGCUGGAGGUUACCGGCGAGGGAAAGGAGAACUCUAGGCAGCUUUCCAUUUGCAAAGUGAGCAGUAAUUGCAAGAAGACAGCUUCCCCAGUUGGAAUCAAUAGUCUGCUUUCUUGCUGCUAAGGGCACUUUGGAGCAGCAGUAGGGUCACUGAAGUAACUCCAGCACACUGCUGACUGCGGAGUUGUAAAGAACUACAUGCAAGUGGCUGCAGUAGUGCUGGAAAACGCUUUGCUGUUACCAGGGACACAAUAGUUUUCAAGUCAUUAGAGCUGCUUUUUUGGUCCUCUCCAUCCAUUACACAGAGAGGGUCAUUCUUUGGAGGGAUGAGGAUGGAGCUGUGAUUUCUUCAAGUAUUGCUCUAGUGGAGGGGGUAAAGGUGGGGAAUGAGGCUUUAGAAGCAAAGCCCCACUACUGCUGAAUUCAGUUUUACUUGAAUUUCCCCAAAUCUUUCCAGGCACAGAGAGGCACAAUGUUAGAGAAUCUGAACCUUCUUCGGGCAUUUUGGGGUUUUUUCUUUAUCUUCUGGACAGCUUUUAACACAGCCUUAGUGGAUGUGGUUGGAUCGGAGCAGCAGAUCCCCUUGUCUGUUGUAAAGCUCUGGGCCUCAGCUUUUGGUGGAGAGAUCAAAUCUAUUGCAGCCAAGUACUCAGGUUCCCAGCUCCUGCAAAAGAAAUACAAAGAAUAUGAGAAGGAUGUUGCAAUAGAAGAAAUUGACGGCCUUCAGCUUGUGAAAAAGUUAGCAAAGAAUAUGGAAGAAAUGUUUCAUAAGAAGUCUGAAGCUGUCCGGCGUCUUGUUGAAGCUGCAGAAGAUGCUUACCUGAAACAUGAGUUUGAUGCUGACUUACAGUAUGAAUACUUCAAUGCUGUUCUCAUAAAUGAACGAGAUGAAGAAGGAAAUUAUCUGGAGCUGGGGAAGGAGUUCAUUCUAGUGCCAAAUGACCACUUCAAUAACUUGCCUGUGAACAUCAGUCUCAGUGAUGUCCAAGUACCAACCAAUAUGUACAAUAAGGAUCCAGCCAUUGUAAAUGGAGUUUAUUGGUCAGAAUCUUUAAAUAAGGUGUUUGUUGAUAAUUUUGAUCGUGACCCCUCUCUCAUCUGGCAGUACUUUGGAAGUGCAAAAGGAUUUUUCAGACAAUAUCCAGGAAUUAAAUGGGAACCUGAUGAGAAUGGAGUCAUUGCCUUUGACUGCAGAAACAGAAAAUGGUACAUCCAGGCAGCCACUUCUCCGAAAGAUGUGGUAAUUUUAGUAGACGUCAGUGGCAGUAUGAAAGGGCUUCGCUUAACUAUUGCAAAACAGACAGUUUCAUCUAUUUUGGAUACCCUUGGAGAUGAUGACUUCUUCAAUAUAAUUGCUUAUAAUGAAGAACUUCACUAUGUAGAGCCAUGUCUGAAUGGAACAUUAGUUCAAGCAGACAGAGCCAACAAAGAGCAUUUCAGGGAACACCUUGACAAACUCUUUGCCAAAGGAAUUGGAAUGCUGGACAUUGCUUUAAAUGAAGCUUUCAACAUGCUUAAUGAAUUCAAUCACACAGGACAAGGAAGCAUUUGCAGCCAAGCCAUAAUGUUGAUUACUGAUGGAGCUGUGGACACAUAUGAUACAAUAUUUGCAAAAUACAACUGGCCAGACAGAAAAGUCCGUAUUUUCACCUAUCUGAUUGGAAGGGAAGCUGCUUUUGCUGAUAACCUGAAGUGGAUGGCCUGUGCUAACAAAGGGUUUUUUACUCAGAUCUCUACUUUAGCUGAUGUGCAAGAAAAUGUCAUGGAAUACCUUCAUGUUCUUAGCCGACCAAAGGUUAUUGACCAAGAGCAUGAUGUAGUAUGGACUGAAGCGUAUAUUGACAGCACUCUCCCUCAGGCUCAAAAGCUUGCUGAUGAUCAGGGAUUGGUGUUGAUGACAACUGUUGCCAUGCCAGUAUUUAGUAAGCAAAAUGAGACUAGAUCUAAAGGGAUUCUUCUGGGAGUAGUUGGCACAGAUGUUCCAGUUAAAGAGCUCUUAAAAGCUAUUCCAAAAUACAAGUUGGGUAUUCAUGGAUAUGCUUUUGCAAUUACAAACAAUGGAUAUAUUUUGACUCACCCAGAACUUAGGCCUUUGUAUGAAGAGGGGAAGAAACGAAGAAAACCCAACUACAGCAGUGUAGAUCUCUCUGAGGUUGAGUGGGAAGACAGAGAUGAUGUGCUCCGAAAUGCAAUGGUGAAUCGGAAAACAGGGAAAUUCUCCAUGGAAGUGAAGAAGACAGUGGACAAAGGGAAGCGAGUAUUGGUGAUGACAAAUGACUACUAUUAUACAGACAUCAAGGGUACUCCAUUCAGUUUAGGUGUGGCUCUCUCUAGAGGACAUGGAAAAUAUUUCUUCAGAGGGAAUGUAACUGUGGAAGAAGGUUUACAUGAUUUAGAACACCCUGAUGUGUCUUUAGCAGAUGAAUGGUCCUAUUGCAACACAGACUUACAUCCUGAACACCGCCAAAUGACUCAAUUAGAAGCAAUUAAACGCUACCUCACAGGAAAAGAGCCGUUGCUCCAAUGUGAUAAAGAAUUGAUCCAGGAAGUUCUGUUUGAUGCAGUUGUGAGUGCACCAAUUGAAGCUUAUUGGACGAGUCUAGCAUUAAAUAAAUCAGAAAAUUCUGACAAGGGAGUGGAAGUUGCCUUCCUUGGAACACGGACUGGACUAUCACGUAUCAACCUGUUUGUGGGUCCAGAGCAGCUUACUAAUCAAGAUUUCCUGACAGCUGAAGAUAAGGAGAACAUUUUUAACGCUGACCAUUUUCCACUGUGGUACAGAAGAGCUGCUGAGCAGAUACCUGGGAGCUUUGUCUAUUCAAUCCCAUUUAGUACAGAAACUGCAAACAAAAGCAAUGUAGUGACAGCCAGUACUGCUAUUCAACUUUUGGAUGACAGAAAAUCUCCAGUUGUUGCAGCUGUAGGCAUCCAGAUGAAACUUGAAUUUUUCCAGCGGAAAUUUUGGACUGCAAGCAGACAGUGUGCAUCUCUUGAUGGCAGAUGUGCAAUAAGUUGUGAUGAUGAGACAAUCAACUGUUACCUAAUAGAUAACAAUGGAUUUAUUUUAGUGUCUGAAGACUAUACACAAACUGGUUACUUUUUUGGGGAGGUUGAAGGGGCUGUGAUGAACAAGUUACUAGCAAUGGGCUCCUUUAAGAGAAUUACACUUUAUGACUACCAGGCCAUGUGUAGAACAAACAAAGAAAGUAGCGACAGUGCCCAUAGCUUACUGGACCCUUAUAAUGCCUUCUUUGCUGCAGUGAAAUGGAUUAUGACUGAGCUUGUCUUGUUCCUUGUGGAAUUCAAUCUAUGCAGUUGGUGGCACUCUGAUCUAACAGCAAAAGCGCAGAGGUUGAAACAAACUCUAGAGCCCUGUGAUACUGAAUAUCCAGCUUUUGUUUCUGAACGCACUAUAAAGGAGACCAUGGGGAAUAUUGCUUGCGAUGACUGUUUCAAGUCUUUUGUUAUCCAGCAAAUCCCAAGCAGCAAUCUCUUCAUGGUGGUAGUGGAUAAUGAGUGCUUCUGUGAUUCUAUCCCACCAAUUACCAUGGCACCUAUAGAAAUAAGAUAUAAUGAAUCCCUUAAAUGUGAACGUUUAAAAUCUCAGAAGAUAAGACGACGGCCAGAAUCUUGUCAUGGAUUUCACCCUGAAGAAAAUGCAAGAGAAUGUGGUGGUGUCUCAGGCCUUAGUGCUAAACCUCCACUUGUUCUUCUUCCUCUGCUAUUGACUAUUUUCUCAAGGUGACAGUGACUGAUGUGUUCAAUUGGCAUGCUAAUACAUGGAUAAACUGCAAUCUGGGAAGUGGUGCAACACAGAGGACAUGAAAUAUAGUCAGAGCAUCAGCAUUUCAUGAUUUUAAACUGUGGGUGAUAUAAAUUAUUGAGAUAUGUUGAAAAAAAGAUUUAUCUUUUUAUGUUGCAAGUCAUGCAGAUGUGAAUUUGGCAUAUGGUAGUCAUGAUUCAUCAAAAAAGGACUCGGUAGAUAGAGGUGACCAUUGCUUUGUCCCACUGAAUCCAAUUUAAAACUAUGUACUUUUUCAAUAAAGUAUAUCAAAAUAACAGUUUCAGAGUGUAUUUUAACUAUCAUAACAUAUUUGUGCCAUUAAUUAAUGAUGGAAAGAGAAUAAAAUAAGUGGAAGAUGUUUUCAUAUGUUUUUAGUCUAUUUCUGAAAGGAUUAAAAGAAAAUGUGGAUUUAGCUUUUAUAAUAAAAUAGAAUAGCUUUUAUUAAUACAUCAAGGAAACCCAUGUGCAUAUAGGAAGCUGAGCAGAUAGUAAGUUGUGCUGCCUCCUAGUGAAGGUUUGGUUUCUGGAAAUAUCUAUCAAACAUCUCAAACACAGUUAGAAAGUGAGCUAAAGCCUGAUGAAAGACUUUUCCCUAACUUGGGCAACCUUGAGACCAAACUGGUAGUUUUGGCUGCAGGUAGCAAAAUUAAAUACAUUUCAUCUGUAACAAUUUGUGGGAAGAUAUGUAAAAUAACCUAUGUAAAAGGAUGAGACUGUUCUGUUAGUGUUCUGUUCUAUAGAUGUUUUGUCAUCUAGGAGAUACUUGUUAUGAGGAAAUUCAUAAGAGGAGAAGGUUU